AUUCCAUUCAUCUACUUGUCGCCGCAUCUUUUAUCAGCUAGAAAGAUAAAAUGAUUUCGACAAUAUUUGUUUUGCGAUAAAGCGUUAUCUUUUGUUAACUGUUCAAUGUUUUUAUCAAUUCAUAUGGUGUAUCAGAUUCUCGCAGUGGUGUAUUUUGUGAAACAAUAAAUUCUGUUGUUAUUACGAUGAUGACGAUAUUGAUGAAGAUUAACUGAAAAUCCUGAUGUGUUAGCGAUUCGACAGAAAUAUCCAUGUUCAGCUAUGUGAAGAAGUUAUCAAGCACGAUGGGUAAUCAGCACGUCAAACCCGACGAAAAAUUGAACAUCAUCAAUGUAGAAGUGAGUUCUCUCAGAUAUGGAAUCCGCAAUUUCAGAAGAGGUAUACCACGGGAAACCCAACAAAUCCAAGUUCAAAACUUAGCCAGGUAUGCCAGCGAAGUCAAUUCGCUGAAGGGCAAAGUGAAAAAUAAGAACUUCACCAGAACAAUGGAGAAUAUAUCACGUACCAUGAACGAAAUACUCUCCAUUCCCCUUCGAGACUCAAUGUUAGAUUCUGGAGCGAUAGAGACUGAUUCCUUCGUCGAUGUGUCAAUCAACAAAAGGCACAGCAAGAGUCUCACCCUCAUGCCCACAAGAAACCCGAAAGUCAGUCAAGGGACUACGAUCAAGCAUGUUCCAACCAUCAAAGAAGUCGACGUCAAGUUCAAAUCCGUCAAGCCCCAAAUCAACCUUGCCAUCGAAAACAAAGACAGUACUCAACUGAGAGUUCUUCAGCAAAUCAUAAAAGUGCUUGCGACGGAUCUGGAAUUAAUUGAAGCUCCAGACAAUACUCCAGUUGGUGAUAGAAAAGAAAAAUUGGUAUCGAUGUUAACAACGUCCUACCAGAAAAUUAGUGCAGCUCUGAAAGAUAUACGCAAAAGUAGGGAUCUGGAUCUGGCAAAACAGCAAAGAAAGAAUGAGGCUGCAACCCAACAGCUUGAGGAGAUAAGGAAAGAACUUGAGGCAACAGACACGUAUUUGACAAUAGCUGUCAAAUACGAAAAACCAGAUUCGGUGAAAAAAUGCCAAGAAGAGUUGAGAAGGUUGAACGAGAAGUUGUUGGCAGUUGAAACAUCGGAAGAUGGUAUCAAGGCUAACAAGAUGCUGAUGGUGGACAAAAUAAGUUGGUUGAGUAAAUACGCGAAUGAUUGUCAGAAGAAAGGUAGUCAAUCAGAUCUAACAAAAGCUCAGUCUAACUACGAAGAACUCAUUAAAGAGAUAGCCAGUGGAAAAAAUAAAGAUGAACAUGAGAUGUUGAUUAAAUUAGAUAGCCUUGGGGAUUUCGUGAACAAGAUAUCGGAUGACGACAAACCUAAGGCCAAACAAAAAUUACAGCUUCUCAAUAACAUACAGGAAACCAAAUUAUCAAUGACCAAUGUGAACAAAGAAUCAUCUCCAGCCAAAAAAGAAAUCAAAGAUGAACUUCGGGUUACUCUUUCAGACAAAAUUGACAUCUUGGAUGAGCAGUGGGAUUCAAUUGAGAAGGAAAUGAAAUCUGGUUUAGUUCUUUCUGAGAGAGACAGAAAAAAACUCAUAACUGUAUUGGGCAAAGUAAAGGAUUCCAUGUCGAAUGUGAGAAAUGAAUUACUCGACCUAAACAAAAUCAAACUAGGUGGAAAACUGAACCGCUCAGCUCCAAAUUUGGUGAAAUCUUCUCCAGUCCACAAUAAAUUCAGCAGCAGCUUGAGUGUCAACUAUCUUCCAGAACUACCAAUGAAAACAAAAGCAAAAAUAUACAAUCUGGAAUCACCGAAAGUUUGUUUUGUGACAAAAGUUGAUCAGACUAGCAACAUGGUCAAUCCUACGUUUGACGAUCAUGAUUCUUUCUCCAUAAUAGAAGGAAUAAAAAUACAAGUGAAUUAUAUCAAUGAAAAAUUCGACCAAAUCGAUGAUGAGAAUCAUAUUAAGAAUAAAUUGGAAUCUUUCGAACAAACACUAGACAAAUACCUGACAGAUGAAAACGAGACCAUUGUUAACAGCGCAAAAUUCGUACUAGCCGAAAUCAAAUCUCUGAUGAGAAAAAUAUGCAAGUUGAAACGUUUGAAAGAAAUAUACUUGUUCGGAAAAAUCGAAGAUAUUCAGGACGAUAUAGAACGACUCAGGAGAAUUGUCAACGAUUAUCCUGAGGCCACUAGUGGCAAUUCUUUCGAGACUAUAGUGAAACAGCUCAAAUGCUGCGAAGCUUUUCUCUCAGCUAAUAAAUUCAUAGCUAUUGAACACAGAGAAGAAAUGCUGAGCAGAUUUCAGUCGAUUUCGAGAAUACUCGAAAAGAAAACUGACAUAAAACUGAACCUCGAUAGCUUGAAAGAGAAGGUCAAGAGAUUCUCAGGAGCUUUCCGAGGUGUACUCUAUAACAAAUUAGAGAAAGAUCUCAAUAGAAUUUUGGUGGAUACAAGCGAAUAUAUCGAGAACAAAAGAGUUGCUGAUGGUAUCACUAGGGAAACUGAAAAACAGCUGAAAAUCUUAGAAAGCAGAGCGAGCCUCGCCCAAAGCUUCAGAGGAAGCUUGACUGAAAUUCCUAUAAUGGAAACUGGAGAUAAGUUGAACAAUUUGAAAAUGGAAUUAGAAAAAAUUCGAAACGAGCUACAAGCAAAUUCUAACAACGAUAUAAAUUUCUAUCGGAGACUGAGAAGUCGGUUGGAUUUAGUUACUUUGGAUAUGUAUCAACUGAAGAAUUUGAACGAAAAUGAAGACCAAGUUAAGAUUCUUAUGUAUAAUGAUAUUGAUUCUCUGAAAAGUACCGUGGAUGCAAAAAUUGCCUUAGGUGAGAACAGCUUGAACUCGACAAUAGUGCCAGUGGUCAAUAAUGAAACAAUAAAAAAAGCUGAAGUAUUUGAUGAAGUUGAAGAAAAAUUAGAGCAGCUCAAGAAAGAAAUUGAAUUGUUUGUUGGAACUACAUCGGACAAUAAAUUCUAUGAGCUAGAUGAAUAUUCUUCGAUACUGAUUUCAAGAAUGGAGGAUAUGGAAGUACCCAAAGGCACCAAAUUACAUAGCAGAAAACUUCAUAUCCUCAAAGAGUUAUACGAGUACGGCAACUUACUGGAUAAGAGAGCGAUGGAAACGGAAAAUUUGUUACAGUAUGAGAGAGACAUUGCGGAUAUUGAGAGCCAUUUCAGCUAUUAUUCAAAAUCACCCAAAGACCUGGAGAAACUCGCAGACAAAAUUGUCUAUCUAAAAUCCAGUCUUGCGACAAAUACCUUCAAUGAUCAAUUGCUCACGAGAAAACGCAGCUGUAUUGAACAGGUGGACCAGAUCUCAAGAAAAAUCAGUACGAACAAUCAAACUGGCAACUAUGAAGAAAUGAUACAAAAAUUGGAACAAGAAUUUCGCAGUUUAUCUGAGUAUAUUCUGAAAACUCCACAAAGCAGCACAGCCGAGAAUUAUCAAAUUGAGAAACUGAUGAAUUUGAAGGCUGAAGUUGAGAAGCUUGACCCCUCAGAUGAUAGUAGUAAAACGAAUCUUCUGGAGGAAAUUGAAGAUUUACAACAAAAAAUGCGGGAAAAAGAAGUGGUUGAAGGAUUAUUCGAACAGCUCAAUGAAUUCGAUUCCCGAAUUACCGGUUCUGUCAGUGGUAAAGAAUCAAAUUCAUUAGAAACGGAGAUCAAGAAAUUUCAUUCUGAUAUUGAUAAAAUAAAACUCAGUCAAGAAGCUAAGAAUUCUGUGAUUGAGAAAUAUAAUGAUAUAUUGAAACGAAUUAAGAAAAUCACCGUACCAAAAGAUACUUAUAUAGGUAGUACAGCGUUCUUGAAAGAUCUAGAACUGAAAGGAAGCAUGACAGUUCACAACGAUGAGGAUCCUAUGAUGAAGAAUCUAAAUGCAUCUGAAAAACGCAUCAAUAAAAUAGCAGCUGAUAUUUCUCAGUUCAAUGACUCUGAAACUAGCGAGGAGUACCAUCGACUAGAAGAUGCAAUUUUGAGGGAGAACGUAUUUUUGAAAAAACUCGAUAUCUCGAAGGAUGAUACGAAAUUGAAUGAACGAAAAAUCCAAUUGAAAGAAAAGAUUUUGAAAUGUUUGGAGGUCCUGGAUGAUAAAAUUCAAACACUUGAAGAUUUGCACAGUAUUGAAUAUCAACUUGAAGAAUUUCAAAAACCUAUGGGAGAGGAAAUAACAAGUAAACUACAAAAUGAACUUGAUGAAAAAUUGAUUUCGCUCCAAGUGAAGUUAGGACAAAUAAGUGUAGAUAGUAAGUUAAGUGAGAGAAAACUUAUCUUAGAAAAUAAGAUUGUAGAAUAUUCGAAGCAGCUCAAGGAUAUGUCACUGCAACUGUCACCUACCAUUUCAUAGACACUGGUUCAUGUUAAUUCAAUUCAAAUAUUUGUAAUUAAAAAUUUUAUUCUGAUGAAUAUUGAGAAGUCACAAAUAGCUGUUUCCAAAAUGUGACCACAAUAAUUAUUCAUUCCUGCAUGUUUCAUACAAGAAGAUUGUUCAAUUCUGUGUUGAACAGUCUGAAAAAUCAAUAAAAUAUGUGAACUUUCGAAACUGAA